AUCAGCAGCGGCAAUCCCACAGUGCAAACACUGGCCUGCUCCAUCCUAACAGCUCUGUUGAGUGAGUUCUCCAGCUCCAAUAAGACCAGUAACAUUGGCCUCAGUAUGGAGUUUCACGGAAGCUGCAAACGUAUCUUUCAGGAGGAUGAUCUCAGGCAGAUCUUCAUGCUCACUAUGGAGGUCCUGCAGGAGUUCAGUCGGAGGGAGAACCUCAACGCUCAGAUGUCCUGUGUUUUCCAGCGCUACCUUGCGCUGGCCAAUCAAGUGCUCAGCUGGAACUUCCUUCCACCCAAUCAUAUCCUUUCAUGAAAACAUUUUGGUGCACAGGAAGAUCAGAGAGGACUCAGACAUGGCGCAGGAUUCCCUUCAGUGCCUAGCCCAGUUGGCCUCCAUGCAUGGCCCCAUCUUCCCCGAUGAGAGCGCUCAGGUGACCUACCUAGCCCACCUGGUGGAGGGAUUGCUCAACAUGAUCAAUGGGAUUGAGAUUGAAGACUCUGAGGCUGUAGGCAUCUCCAACAUCAUCAGUAACCUCAUCAGCACAUUUCCUCGAAGUGUUCUGACGGCUCUCCCAAAUGAGCUCUUUGCCUCUUUCAUUAACUGCCUCACACUGCUCACGUGCUCGUUUGGUCGCAGCGCCGCCCUGGAGGAGGUGUUGGAUAAGGAUGACAUGGUGUACAUGGAGGCAUAUGAUAAGCUGCUGGAGUCCUGGCUGACGCUUGUGCAGGAGGACGAGCACUUCCCUCGGGGCUGCUUUGUCCAGCCGGCCGUGCAAGUCUUCAACUCCUACAUCCAGUGUCACCUCGCCGCUCCCGACGGCACAAGAAACCUGACUGCUAAUGGUGUCGCUUCUCAUGACGAGGAAGAAAUAAACGAAUUACAGGAGGACGACCGAGAGCUGUUCUCAGAUCAGCUGGCCAGUAUCGGCAUGUUGGGCCGCAUCGCUGCAGACCACUGUAUACCUCUGCUCACAGGUUUGCUGGAGGACCGAGUCACACGGCUUCACGGGCAACUCCAGAGACACCAACAGCACCUCAUGGCCUCUGCAGACCCGGGCACGGUGGACCGGAAAGUUCUAGAUGACCUUUAUGAAGACAUUCAUUGGCUCAUAUUAGUGUCAGGUUACCUCUUGGCUGAUGACCCUCAGGGUGAAACACCAUUGAUACCUUCAGAAGUGAUGGAGUACUCUAUCAAACACUCGACUGAGGUGGAUAUCAACACUACACUGCAGCUGCUGGGCUCUCCUGGAGAGAGGGCCACCUCCAUCCCUGGAUGCAACAGGACAGACUCAGUGAUCAGGUUGUUAUCAGCGGUGCUAAGAACCUCAGAGGUGGAGUCUCGGGCUACACGAGCGAGUCUGACUGAGCUCCUGAGUCCUCAGAUGGGCAAAGACAUUGUCUGGUUUCUCAGGCGCUGGGCCAAGACAUACCUGUUGGUGGACGAGAAACUCUACAGCCAAAUCAGUAUGCCUCUCAGCACAGCAUUUGGAGCGGACACGGAGGGAGCACAGUGGAUUGUGGGAUAUCUGUUGGAAAAAGUGAUCAAUAAUCUGUCGGUGUGGAGCUCUGAGCCAGAGCUGGCUAAUGACACUGUGGAGCUGCUGGUGACUCUGGUGGAGAAGAGAGAGAGGGCCAAUAUUGUUGUGCAGUGUGAGAACUGGUGGAAUUUGGCCAAGCAGUUUGCCAGUCGCAGCCCUCCCUUACACAUGCUGUCCAGCUCAGUCCAGCGGACUCUAAUGAAAGCCCUGGUCCUGGGCGGCUUUGCUCAUAUGGAUUCUGAUACCAAACAGCAAUACUGGGCAGAGGUACUGCAUCCACUCCAGCAGCGCUUCCUCAACCUCAUUAACCAAGAGAACUUUGCCCAGAUCUGUCAAGAGGAAGCCGUGAAGCAGGAGAUCGUUGCCACUCUGGAAGCUCUAUGCGGCAUAGCAGAAGCUACGCAGAUCGACAAUGUGGCAUCUCUCUUCAGCUUCCUCAUGGACUUCCUGUCCAGCUGCAUCGGCCUCAUGGAGGUCUACAGAAACUCACCAGAAACGGUCAACCUCAUCAUCGAGGUGUUUGUGGAAGUGGCCCACAAACAAAUCUGCUACUUGGGCGAAACCAAGUCUAUGAAACUGUACGAGGUGUGCUUGACGCUGCUGCAGGUUUACUCCAAGAACAAUCUGGGUCGCAAGAGACUCGAUGUGGCCGCAGAGGAGGACCAGUACCAGGACCUUCUGCUCAUCAUGGAGCUCCUCACCAACCUGCUCUCCAAAGAGUUCAUUGACUUCAGUGACACUGAUGAGGUGUUCCGCGGGCAGGAGCAGAGCUCUGGUGCUGGACGGGCCGUCUCAGCAGCUGAUGUUGUGCUGUAUGGGGUCAAUAUUGUGUUGCCCCUCAUGUCUCAGGACUUGCUUAAGUUCCCUUCUCUGUGUAACCAGUAUUAUAAGCUCAUCACCUUCAUCUGUGAGAUUUUCCCAGAGAAGAUCCCUCAGCUGCCUGAAGAGCUCUUCAAAAGUCUCAUGUGCUCCCUGGAGCAUGGCAUGACCUCGAUGAGCUCCGAGAUCAGUCAGCUCUGUCUGGAGGCUCUAUCCCCAUUGGCUGAGCAGUGCGCCAAGACACAGGAAAAGGACACACCUCUAUUUAUUGCCACACGACAUUUCCUUAAACUGGUGUUUGACAUGCUUGUUCUCCAGAAACACAACACUGAGAUGACCGUGGCAGCUGGAGAAGCGCUCUAUACACUAGUGUGCCUUCACCAGGCGGAGUAUUCAGAGCUGGUGGAGACACUGCUCUCCAAUCAGAGGGACGCUGUGAUCUACCAGCGGCUGGCGGACGCGUUUAACAGCCUCACUGCCAGCAGCACGCCGCCAACCAUGGACCGCAAGCAGAAGGUGGCCUUCCUGAAGAGCCUGGAGGAGUUUGUUGCCAAUGUGGGGGGGCUUCUGUGUGUCAAAUAAGCCACUUCCUCCAGCAACUGUCCACAACAGCGUUCCCUCUCCACCCCCUCUACCACUCAGAGAAGCCUUUCACAAUGCCAAACCAUGGAGAUUGAGACGCCUCUGGGAGAGGCUGGCGAAGGCUGUGAGGGGACGGUUGGUCGUGAUCGUCUCAGUCUGAUCUGUCCGUUGUUUACUUUCCCCCAGAGAGCUCCUCAGAUGAACGUUUAUGAAAUGCAGAGGGGAGAUCUUUCUGAAAACUGACCCCUUCCUUCCCCUUUUAGACACAAACACACAAGUCUUUUGCAGACGCUUCUCCUCGAGUGCCUUUGUAUGUGGUUUCUCACGGCUCUGAUCCAGCUGUGUCUACAGCGACGAAUAGAACAGUGUCAUACUGCUAUCAUGGUAACUAGGAUUGUGAGCUGUGGUUGCCUUGAUGACAAAUAAGCCUUUCCCAAUGAAACUUUAAUUGCAGAAAGGCCCUUUCGGAAAACCAAAUCACUUUUGUGUUUAAGGUUGUAUAUAUAUUUUCAAAAAAGACAAAAAAUGAAAAUGUUUAAAAGGACUGAAAGGUUUUUUAUAAGAUUAUAGCUGAUGGAAAUUUCUGAUUAUUAUUAUUUUUUAUUGUUAUACAAGUUCAACAGGAAGACAAGGGGCUAGUUAUAAUUUUUUUUCAUUUUGAUUGAUUUGAAUGAUUGUAGUUUUACUCUUUGCCAUUGUCAUUUCUGCCUGAUUGCAGCAGCAUCACUGAAAGCCUUCUCAACAAAAAUACAGGUCUGUUGAAUUAUGAUGGCCUGAUGUUCCCAAUGAGGUUUGGUUUUUCAAAAAUAACUUGCAGUGUUCCACUUUCACUAGCGCGCACGCACACAAACUCAGAAUAGUGGAACAGUCGACGUUGCUGUAGCAAUAAAAUACCAAAAAUUAUGAUAGGGAUGUCAGCUGUUUUAUUCAGGGCAUUUGAUGGUCUUUAUUUCCAUUUUCAAAGCACUAAUUGUUAUUUUGGAAUGCCUGAAAUGAUCUGUAAAGUGUAUAUAAACUUGUUCUAAAAAGUGA